CUCUUAGCUUCAACCUGAAUUUGAUGCAACCUUUGAAUCUCCCUGGUCGGCCAGCACCCAUAAAAAUAAUAGAUUAAAAAGAUUCUUAUGGUCUUCUUCCUCCCACGAUUGAGCUAGAGAGAUCGUCGAGUGAUUCUUUGCUCCAGCAUAUGGAACUCUGAUAAUUUGGUAAGAGAGAUAAUAGUGUCACAGAGAGAAAGCGAAAAGACCCAUCUCUUCUCCGCUAUUUGAUCUUUGCCGAGUAGGAGGUUGAUUUUCUCGAUUUAGUUCGAUUCUAAGGAAUACUGGAUGAAGGAGGGAGUUUGGAAAUCUGUAAUAGGAAUGAUAGAUAUGGGUUUCCAGUUGGGGGCUCUGUAACUGGUAUAUAGGUUUUCCUUGUUCAGACCGAAAGCUGUUGCUAGCGAUAUGCGGAGGAGCCGGCGCCCGGCAAGAAGGAGGCUUUCGGAUUGGAUCUGGUGGAUUCUAGGUUUAUUCAUGGCUGGGGGUUUGCUUCUUUUUGUUCUUCAUCAUCACCACCAGGACAGCUCCGGGCUUCGGAUGAAGGAGAAGGUCCCAAAAUCUACAGAGCUCUCACAUCAGAGUUUCAAUCUAACCCAAGAACUACUGAGCAGCACAUCCUUUGGCAGGCAAUUAGCUGAUCAAAUGACACUAUCCAAAGCUUAUGUUGUCAUUGCAAAAGAGCAUGGAAACCUCCAGCUCGCUUCGGAGCUCAGCUCACGAAUCCGAGACUGUCAGCGAUUGUUUUCUCGAGUUGCUGUUCAAGGAAAUCCCAUAAGCCUCGAAGAAGCUCAUCCCAUCAUCACUCAUCUCGCUCAGCUCAUCUACAGAGCCCAGGAUUUGCACUACGAUAUCAGCACCACUAUCACCACCCUGAAGAACCACGCGCAAGCUCUCGAAGAGCGCGCAAAUGCCGCCACAGUGCAGAGCGCACGGUUCGGUCAGUUGGCCGCAGAGGCUCUUCCUAAAAGCCUCCAUUGCUUAAACAUCGAGAUGCUUGAUGAGUGGUAUAAAAACCAAGAGCUGAGAAAACUUGCACAAACUCAUCGGAAGUCGCCUUCGCUGGUAGACACGAAUUUGUACCAUUUCUGUAUAUUUUCCGAUAAUGUUCUCGCCACUUCUGUCGUUGUGAACUCGACCAUCUCCAACGCUGACCAUCCUCGGCUGCUUGUGUUUCACAUAGUCACCGACGGCAUCAAUUAUCAAUCCAUGGCUGCUUUGUUUUUGAAUAAUGAUUAUAAAGGCUGUUCCUUUGAAAUUCAGAGUGUUGAAGAGUUUGAUUGGUUGAAUGCCUCCUAUUCUCCAUUGUUGAAGCAGCUUUCAGUUCCAGAAUCGCAGUCAUAUUACUUCGGCGGUCUUGCAGACUUUCCUGAGGAGGAGACCAAAUUCAGGAACCCAAAGUUUGUUUUACUGCUUAAUCACCUGCGCUUCUAUAUUCCAGAAAUAUACCCAUCACUGGAAAGGAUAGUUUUUCUUGAUGAUGAUGUUGUGGUCCAGAAGGAUUUAACACAGCUUUUUUCGCUCGAUCUUCAUGGAAAUGUGAACGGAGCUGUCGAAACCUGCCUCGAAUCGUAUCAUCGGUUCUACAAGUUUCUGAACUUUUCGAAUCCGUUGAUCAGCUCGAAAUUCGACCCGCAGGCCUGCGCGUGGGCGUUUGGCGUCAAUGUUUUCGAUCUGAUUGCGUGGAAGAAGGCGAAUGUGACGGCGAGAUAUCACUACUGGCAGGAACAGAAUGUGCGCAGAACACUCUGGAAGACAGGGACGCUACCUGCUGGACUGCUGACGUUCUACGGGCUGACGGAGCCGCUCGAUCGAAGAUGGCAUGUUGUCGGGCUCGGCUAUGAUUUUGACAUUGAUGAUAGAAUGAUACAGAGCGCCGCGGUUUUGCACUUCAGUGGCAACAUGAAGCCAUGGCUGAAGUUGGCUGUCAGUAAAUAUAAGCAUUUUUGGACUCAAUAUGUCGACUUGGAUCGACCUUAUCUUAGAGAUUGUAUCAUGCAUUGAAUUGAUAUUGUUUUGUUAUUUGAUUCUCUCUCUCUCCUCUAUCUUUUGAAUUUUGAAAGUAAAUGUUUUAGCUUGGCUUGCAAUUUUGCUUUCUUUUGCCAGGUACUUUGAGACCUAAGUUUUGUAACUAAGGGUCCGUUUGGGGGGGAUUUUUUUUCGUGCGGCGCGGCGUUUCCCCGCAAAUCUCGCCCGUUUGGGGCGACAAUUUGAUCAUGGCUUCCCCAACGCGCAGCAGGAUACCUCUCGUGGUCGAGCUUUCCCUUUUUUUACUUUUACGCGUAUGCUCCUCCGCUCGUCGUCUGCCGCUUGGAUCGGUCACCUAUCAUCACAGCGAUAGGUAGCCAUGUCAGAAACCACGAAGAGACGAGAGAAGAGUGGAUCGAACCAGAUCUUCUCCUCCCCCUCGGCGUAGUGUGGUUCGGUGUUCUUUUUAUGAACUUUUUCUCCUUUUUUUUGUCUUCUUUUUUUUCCUUCUCUCUGCUGAAAUUUCGGAUCCGAUGGUUGGAGGUAACGGGACAGAUAUAGCAGCUUGGAUGCCC